AAAGGGUAGAAGGGCAUCUGUUUGUUGCAUCUCCUGUUGUUUAUUUCACUGCUUUUAACCGUUAAAACGAGGCUCCAUGGCGCCACGCCGGUUGGUGGAGGUGUAUUUGGACCUUCUGUCGCAGCCCUGCCGGGCGGUGCACAUCCUGCUCAACUGCACCAAAACCCCGCACACAGUCCGCACCGUGGCUCUGAGGAAAGGAGAAAACAGAACUCCAGACUUCACAAAGUUGAACCCCAUGCAGAAAGUUCCUGUCAUGGUAGACAACGGCUUCGUCCUUACAGAGAGUGAUGCCAUCCUGAAGUACCUGGCCAUCAAGUACGACAUGCCGGAGCACUGGUAUCCACAUCAACCAGAGAGACGAGCCAAAGUGGACGAAUACACCGCCUGGCAUCACACCAACACACGACUACACGCCGCUAAAGUCUUUAUGCUGGAGGUGCUCCUCUCGGCUCAGAGUGGCUCUCAGGUGGACGAGGCACGCUUGAAUCGUGCGCUCUCUCUGCUCGAUGACACCCUGGACAAACUGGAGUCCAUGUUUCUUCGCAGACAGCCUUUCCUCUGUGGCGAUGACAUCACUGUGGCCGAUCUGCUCGCCGUCUGCGAGCUCAUGCAGCCUCUGGGGGGGGGCAGGGACGUCCUGCAGCAGCGUCCUCAGCUGCAGCGUUGGAGGAGCAGAGUUCAGUCGGCCGUCGGCGAGUCGUUCGACCAAGCUCACGCCGUCUUGUACGCCGUCAGAGACCGCCGCAAGGCCAAGCUGUGACAUCACUACUGGGGUGAUGUCUCACAGAGAGCCGGGGGCCAAGAAACACCUGCAGCCUGACGCAAGAAGGAGCCAAUCAUCAAGCAGUGUCCUGAGACGAUGUAACAAGGUUUGAAACCUUUUUCCUUCAGCGCUGCUGAAAGGAAGACGAGGAUGAAGAGGACGGGUGUGUUUGGUUGUUUUAGUCUCUGACCUCCUGUGAAGCUUUAUUAAACUUCAAAUCAAUAAUCUGAUUGAACAACCAUUUUUUGCCUUUAUCUGACAGAUGGUCUGUUUCUAAAUAACUGUUUCUCUGAUCAUGUUAUCAGCUGUUGUCAGAUCAGUCAACAUGUUAGUUUAAUGAGAUUAUAAAGCACUUUAACAGUAAAAUUCAUCUUUGUAAUUUAAGAAGAAAAAUAAAGAUUUUAGAUUUUAUUUUCA